AUGGCCUCGGAACUCCUUUCGCUGCCCAAGGUCCUUCUGCUGGGGCUGCGAAAGUCGGGGAAGAGCAGCAUUCAGAAGGUUGUCUUUGAGGGCAUGCAGCCGCACGACUCCGUCAACCUCGCAACUACGGUGCAGCCGGAUAAGAGCAGGGUGCACUCCAACGACUUUGUGAACUUUGAGGUCUGGGAUUUCCCGGGCCAGACCGACCCUUUCGACCCCCACACCACGGGGCCGUUCGACGUGGAGCAGUUACUCGAGAACUGUGGCGCCAUUGUGUUUGUGAUGGAUUGCCGCGAGUUGAUUGAGGAUUCCCGCGCGCGACUGAUCGACACGGUGUGCGCCGCCUACCGAUACAACCCCGAGCUCUCGGUUGAGGUGUUCAUCCACAAGGUGGAUGCCCUCAGCGAGGACCACCAGGCCGACCUCCUCGCCAGCCUGCAGCGCCACGUGGAGUUGGAGGCCAAGCAGCGUCUGGAGAGCGCCGCCCCGCUGCGGGUGAACUUUAACCUAACAUCCAUUUACGACCACUCGGUGUUUCAGGCCUUCUCCCUGGUGGUGCAGAAGCUCAUCAAGCCGCAGUCUCCAUACAUUACGGAACUCUUGCAGAUGCUGAAUAGUAACAGCAACGUGGAUCUCUCCUACUUGUUCCUCAGUAGGUCUAAAAUUUUUCUAGCCGUGGAUGAGCGGAGUCGCGCAAAGUUGCGGACAUAUGACCUCUGCAGCGAUGCCAUUGAGGUGAUGAUGAAGAUGAGCCAAAUCUACGCCCCCUGCACAAGGGAUCGACGAGAAAACGGGCAUGACCCCACCACUGCCGCGAGUACGGCUGCUGCUGCUGCUGCUAACGGCGUAGAAAAUGGAAAUCGCGUCGAAAGCGUUGAGGCAGCCGUUGCUGCGGGGGCAAAUGCCGUCAUCAAACUCAGCAGCGAUGACUACAUUUAUGUGAAGGAGCUGCCUAACUCUCUCACUCUGGUGCUGAUGGCUCAGAAGGAAUGCUUUCAAAGCAGAGCCCUCAUCGACUACAAUAUUGCGGUCUUCUACAAGGCAGCAUGUGACAUUUUCAAUGCCGUUGCCGCUCGGCCGUGA